AUGCCCACCAUCACAGUUGACAAAGCUGAACUUUACCGUCGAUUGGAGAGGGAAUACAGUACUCAUGAAUUUGAUGAACUGUGCUUCGACUUUGGAAUUGAACUAGAUGAGGAUACGACGGAAGACGUAGAAGACGCUCGAGCGAAAGGAUUGCCUACACCACCACCUCAAUUGAAGAUUGAGAUCCCAGCAAACAGAUAUGAUCUACUCUGCUUGGAAGGUUUAGCUAGAUCUUUACGGAUCUUCUUGGAAAAGGAAUUACCUCCAACAUAUACAUUAUCUGUUCCUGAGAAAUUACAAGAAGUAUACACUUCCCCACUUCGACCUUAUUUCGCUUCAGCGAUUAUACGUUUAUCCAGACCUAUGAAUCAAUUAGAAUAUGAAUCUUUCAUUGAUUUGCAAGAUAAACUUCAUCAAAAUUUAUGUAGACAACGUAAAUUCGUUGCUAUAGGUACACAUGAUUUAGAUACUAUCCAAGGUCCUUUUAGAUAUAUGUGUAAAGAUCCUAAAGAAAUCAGAUUCGCUCCUUUGAAUAAAGAUCAAGAAUAUACCGCAAAAGAAUUGAUGUCUGUUUACGAGAUCGUCGCCGGUAAAACGAAAAACAUCUUCAUUGACACCACUGCCACUGACAAGACCAAGCUCAUCGAGCCCGUCAAAAUCAUCAUGCCUGACGGAUCUUCUCACCUCUCACCUCCUCUCGCACCCAGAUCGACGACCGCCUCGUCAUCCUAUAUCAACGCUGCUACUGGACUCACAUUAUCCCGAGAAGAGAUUUGCAAACUUUUGACUAGAAUGUCAUUGAACGCCUCACCCUCCACCACCGAUGCGGACGCUCUUGACGUUCAAGUCCCAGCUACCAGACCUGACAUCUUGCAUGAAUGUGAUAUCAUGGAAGAUGCUGCUAUUGCGUAUGGAUUCAACAACCUCCCUCAAUCUAUGCCUACUACAAAUACCGUCGCCAAAGCUUUCCCCGUUAACAGACUGGGUGAUGUCAUAAGAAAGGAAUGUGCUAUGGCAGGUUGGAUAGAAGCGUUACCUUUGAUUCUGAAUUUCAAAUACCUCAACCGACCUGAUCCAGGGAAUUACGCCAUCCACUUGGCUAAUCCGAAAUCAUUGGAAUAUCAAGUAGUCAGAACUUCUUUAUUACCUGGCAUGUUGAAGACUGUGAGGGAGAAUAAGGCACUGCCGUUGCCAAUGAAGAUUUUCGAAGUUUCAGAUGUAGCCGUACAAGAUCCAAAGGCAGAAAGACAAUCACGAAAUUAUAGAAGACUCUGUGCUGUUUACAUGGAUAGAAAAGCUGGAUUCGAAGUUGCACAUGGUUUAUUAGACAGAGUGAUGCAGAUUCUAGGUGUGCCAUUCAUAGAGAAGAAGGAAAGUGAUGGGAAAUACGGUUACUAUAUCGCUUCUGCUGAUGCCUCCGAACCGACACCUUCAACUUCCGGUCCAUUAUCGACUCUCGCCUCGAGCUUGAAAUCAGCUCUACCUGACAGUAAAAAAACAUGGGAAAGAGAUAUCGUCAUUGGUUCACUUGGUAUCCUUCAUCCAAGCGUGUUGGGUAAUUUCGAAUUGACAAGACCUUGUUCAAGCAUGGAGAUUGACGUUGAGCCGUUGUUAUAG